CCGGGGCGCUGCGGCACCGGCGGCGGAGCGGCAGCGGCUCGGGGAGCGGCCGGGGAGCGGGGCGGAGCGGGAGCGCGGCCGGCGGAGGGCGGCCCGGGAGCCCCGGGACAGCGGGUCCUGCCGGAGGCGGGGUGGGCUGCGCCCGGUGAGACGCGGCGGCGGCGCCCGCGGGUCCCGCCAUGGCGGCGGACUCGGAGGUGCUGCACUUCCAGUUCGAGCAGCAGGGCGAUGCCGUGCUGCAAAAGAUGAACCUCCUGCGGCAGCAGAACCUCUUCUGCGACGUGUCCAUCUACAUCAACGACACCGAGUUCCAGGGGCACAAGGUGAUCUUCGCCGCCUGCUCCACCUUCAUGCGGGAUCAGUUCCUGCUCAACCAGUCCAGGCAGGUGCGGAUCACCAUCCUGCAGAGCGCCGAGGUGGGCAGGAAGCUGCUGCUGUCCUGCUACACGGGCGCGCUGGAAGUCAAGAAGAAGGAGCUGCUGAAGUACCUGACGGCCGCGAGUUACCUGCAGAUGGUUCACAUUGUGGAGAAGUGCACCGAGGCUUUGUCCAAGUACUUGGAGAUCGACGCUUCCAUGGAGAGCGGUGCCCAGGCUGCUGAGGGGUGCCACUCCUCGGAUGCUGAACUGAGGAGCGGGGAUGAGGUUUUAGAUAAAGAUUGUGAAAUAAUUGAGAUCUCUGAAGACAGCCCAGAGAACGAAGAAUACCCCGUGAAACAGGAGGAUGGCGAUGGCGAUGGGGAUGGCCCACACCCUGCAGGGCAGAGCUUGGUGUCGGAAAGGAAGGACACAAAAUCCCCAGAAAUAUCAACAGUUGAAAUCGGGUAUAAGGAUGAUGAAAUCUGUAUCUUCAGAAUGGAUUCCAUGAGUGUGGCGAAUGUAGAAAAUGAUCAUUUUCCUCAGCCUUGCACUUCCUCUAAAACAAAUCUGUAUUUCCCAGAAACCCAGCACUCCCUGAUAAACUCUACAGUUGAAAGCAGGAAUACAGAAAUGCCAGGAAAUCACUUUCAGGCUUUUGUUGGUGAUAAUCCAGAAGGAACUUCCAGUGGGGUGAAUGGGUUCCAGAGCCUGGAGGAUUCUGGCAGCUCAUGGCGGCACCAGUGUCCAAAGUGCCCGAGGGGCUUUGUGCACCUCGAGAACUAUCUCAGACAUCUGAAAAUGCACAAACUCUUCCUGUGCCUGCAAUGUGGCAAAACAUUUACGCAAAAAAAGAAUCUCAACAGGCACAUCCGGGGGCACAUGGGGAUCCGGCCCUUCCAGUGCAUGGUGUGCUUGAAGACCUUCACGGCCAAGAGCACGCUCCAGGAUCACCUCAACAUCCACAGCGGGGACAGGCCCUACAAGUGCCACUGCUGCGACAUGGACUUUAAACACAAGUCUGCUCUUAAAAAGCAUUUGACUUCUGUUCACGGAAGGAGCAGCAGCGAAAAGCCAAACCUGAACACUAUUACAAAAGUUAAAAUAGACUAUGACUGAUAGCUGGGCAAUUGUGGAGUCAGACUCCACAAAAAGCUCCUGGCUAGUGAAAUUGUAGAUGCAAUUCCAGUUCCAGAUCCCCAUCUAAGGGAGAGAAGCAUAAACAGGUGGCUGGUGAUCCAAGACAGGCCUUGGAGCAGGAAACCUGCCUGCUCCGUUAAGGUUGCUAUUGCUGUCAGUGAAAAAAGGUGUUUCCUAGUUGAAAGUAACUGCAAAAUAUGGGAAAUUAUUUCAUGCUUCUCUUCUGUUAUACUGAGCAUAUCCUGGUCCCCCAAUGAUGUUUUAUAUUCCUUGUUUCAAGGGCAGGCACUGCUGACUUUCAGACUAUUACUGAUACUGCAAUAAGCUGAAGCCUGAGCCAUGGUGUUGGUAACAACAGCUGAGGGAAGGGGGUGUUUGUAUUGACUACAGCAAGUCAGUUGUUCCCACCCAGUUCCUGGAUCAUUCGUGGUGAAAUCAUCUCGUUCCUUGCCCAACUUUGCUAGAUCUUCCAGAAAGAAGGUGUGUUUUCAUACUCAACUCUGUGACGUUUAAGGACACACAACAAACAAAAACUAAUCAAGGAACCUUUCAAUUUGUCUCUUGCAAAUAGAGAAUUUGUAAAAGAGAAAGAAACAAACAGUAUUGCCUUGCAGUUUAUUUGUAACUGGACAGUCCCAUGAAAAGGACUUGCUUUUAGUUUUAUCAAGUUCUGAAUUUUUAUAAACUUCUUUCUUCUAAUAGUGGGGUUUUUUCUGUCAUACCAGUGUUUUGCACCUGUAUUUGACAAGUUUAGUUAACUGUUUGUUGCAUCAUAACAUCUGCCUUCAUUUUUUUACAGAUCUUAUCUAUAUGCACUUGUGUGAAAUUCAGCUGUGUGCUCUUGGGUAAUCACAUUUUCAAUGCUAAUUUUGAAAAACAGGCAUUUCUGUCUGACUAGCAAUGGCUUAGACAUAGAGGUCUCAUACCCUGAUUCUGUGACACGGUAACACAGUCAUGAUGUGUGUUUGCAGAAGUGUGUUUGUGCUUUCUCAAAGGUCAUUUUAGUUUCAUCAUGAGCAUCGAGUGCCCUGUGAUGCAGUCUGUGUCUUUGGCUGGUACAUGUUUCUUCCACUUAAUGUAAUAUGAAUAAAGAGUAAUUUCAGUUGUUAA